ACCCAUUCCCGUUUUAUCACCUACCCUCUAAAGUCGAUAUAUAAUAUUAUUAUUGGUGAUCUUUACAAUCUAGACCCCCAACCCUUGAUACUUCCGUAGCAGAAGCAGGUACGACACUCAUUAAUUCUUCAAUCAAUCACCUUUAAUCUUGAUUUUUAACACCCAUUUCUCUUCGUAUUCGAAGGUUUGCUGCUGAUUUUUCCAACCGGUUAGUGUUAAAAAACUCCAUAAUGACUCAUAAACAAGAGACUUUGCUUGGUUCCGGAGCUCUUGUGGCGAUUACCGUCCUUUUAUCACUGAAGUUGUUUAGUGAUCAUCUUUCUCAUUGGAAGAAACCCAAAGAACAGAAGGCGAUUCUAGUGAUAAUUCUCAUGGCACCCAUUUAUGCCGUUGAUUCUUACGUUGGCUUGCUUGAUAUUCGUGGUAGCGAGACGUUUUUUGUGUUCUUGGAUUCGAUCAAAGAAUGCUACGAGGGUCUGGUGAUGGCAAAGUUCUUGGCUCUGCUGUACACGUAUUUGAAUAUAUCUAUUAGCAAGAACAUCGUCCCGGAUGAGAUCAAAGGAAGAGAGAUUCAUCAUUCGUUCCCGAUGACACUUUUUCAACCUCAUUCAGUUCGUUUGAACCAUCAAAACCUAAAGCUCCUCAAGUAUUGGACAUGGCAGUUUGUAGUGAUCCGUCCUGUGUGCUCUGUUUUGAUGAUAGUUUUGCAACUGCUUGAUAUAUAUCCCGAUUGGCUUAGCUGGACAAUCACUAUGAUCUUGAAUGUAUCGGUUUCCUUAGCGUUAUACGCACUUGUGGUCUUCUAUCAUGUAUUUGCUAAAGAAUUGGCACCACAUAAGCCACUCGCCAAGUUCUUAUGUGUCAAAGGGAUCGUUUUCUUCUGUUUUUGGCAGGGAAUUGUCUUGAGUGGUCUUGCGGCAGUUGGCAUAAUCAAAUCAGAACACUUCUGGCUCGAUGUGGCACAUAUCCAGCAAGCGUUGCAAAACGCGUUGGUGAUUGUGGAGAUGGUGUUUUUUGCAUUCUUUCAGCUGUAUGCGUACUCUGCUGCACCAUACAAGGAUCUUGAUGUGAAAGAAAAGAAGAAAGAGUGAUUGAAUAUAUUCUUAUCAAGGGCGUUAUGGUAUUUAUGUAAGAGCUUAAAACAUAUGUAUUAUAAUAAUGAUCAAUCUCCUCUUGUAAUGAUGAGGGCUUGUAUUUGGAUUAGUUUAAAGGUAUUAUAAGUUUUGAGUGAAGAGUAACUUAUGAGUUUAUGGCA